AUGGAAAUUGAAAAAGAAGUAGAAAACACAAAAAGGAUUGACAACUGGAAAGCAAAAAUCGGCACGACCACUUAUUGCGAGGAAAUCUUUGACAGACAUUCUGUUGAUAGCGGACACACGACAUUAAUAAGGGAACUAGCGGGAAAAGUAAGAGAACUCACUGAGGAAAACCAAGAUUUACAGACACAACUUGAAGAAUCAAAAAAACUAUUAGACAACCUUAACAAGUCCCGUGAAGAUACUGAAAAAGAGAUUAAAGAUAAGAAAAAAGAGUUACAAAAGCUAAAAGAAGAGUGCUUAGAGAAAAGAGGUAAUUACAGUAUAAAAAAAUUGCAGGAGCAGUUAGAAAGACUUUUAGAAGCUCAGAUGGAAAGUAGCUCUUAUGCUAACAAGCACAAAGAAGAAAUUAAGAAAAAGCUAAUCAAAAAAACAUCGUUGAUCAUAGAAGAAAUAGAUGAUCUUUGCCAAGCUCAGGAGGAACUAAUCCAAUUAGAAAUGAAACGAGGAGCUGUUGAGUUAGGCAUUAAUAAAAUAGAAGAGAGAAUAACAAUAAUCAAUAAUCGUAUCACUAUAACUAAUUCUAAUAUUAACUCCGCCGAUGGUCAUGUUCUAAUUGGAACUAGCAUGGGCAAUAAUGUUAAUAUGAGUUAUGAAAAUUAUUCAGAUCCUAUUCAACGAGAAUUGAGAGAAAAGAUAGAAUCUUUAGAAGAUGAAAUAAAAAGAUUAAAUGAAUUAUUAAAAGAACAGGAAAAAGAAAAUUCUCAAUCAACUAAAAGGACAGAAAAACUAAUCAAUCUUAUUAAACAGCAAAAAGAAAAAAUAGUUCAAGCCUACUUGCAUUUUGCCCCCGAAAAAGAAUUGUUAAGAGAAUUAAUUAACGAAAAGCAAAUGGAAGAAAUAGAACUGAUUCUCAGUGACUGUGAUGAAUUAGUUCGAACUGAAUUAGAAGUCGCAGAACAACUUCAGAGCAAAAUAGAUAUUGAAUAUGAUCAAAAAACCUUUACUAUCGAAAUAAAAGCAAUUACUCUUCCAAUAACCGAAGAAGAACAAAAUCAUUUAAUAACUCGAGCCAAAAGACAGUUAUCAAUCCCUUCCCAGACUGACCGGGAAAACAACAAAGAAAUUAAAAUAGAUAAUAACUGA